UUUAAUUCAAAAUGUACAUGAGAUCGAUUUUAAAAUUGAGAUAAGCCUUUUCAGGUAUAUAUGAAUAAAGUAAUAAUUUAAGUAUUAACAAAAUACACAAAAGAUCAUGAAUGGAUUAAAUAUGAUACAUAAACAAAGAUUGCUAAAAUAGGAAUAACUGAUUAUGCAUAAAAGGAAUUAGGUGAUAUAGUUCAUGUUGAUUUUUAAAAAGUAGGAUUAGUAUUUAAAACACACUAAUCAUUAGGAGCAAUUGAAAGUGUUAAAGUUGCUGCUGAUAUAUAUGCUCCAGUUGCUGGUGAGAUUGUUGGAGUAAUAUAUUAAAUUAUAAUAAGAUCAACGAAGAUUUAAAAGACUCACCAAAUUUAAUUAAUGAGAAGGCAGAAGAAACAUGGAUUUUAUAAGCAAAAUUAUAAAAUGAAUCUGAGUUAGAUACAUUAUUAGAUAAAUAAUCAUAUGAGAAAAUCAUUAAUAAAUGAGCAUGUUAUUAAUAAUUAUAAUACAUUAUUAUUUAC